GUAAAUAUCACCAUCCUCUUCCUCCUCACCUGCACUCUCGUUGGCCUAUUCCUGGGCUACCCUGUCCUCUCGUACAUCUUUAGCGAAGUUCUACCGCAUCACGGCGGCUUCGGCCUCGGAGGAACAAACGCAUCUGGUCAGGUUCCGUACUUUGGCGAGUCCCUGAGGCAGGGCUUGAUCGAUUAUGAUACUCCCAAGGCGGCCUACAGUAGGAUGAAUUUGGCGGGAACAAAGAAGAUGAAUCUGGUCUUUUCGGACGAGUUUCAAGUUGAUGGCAGGAGCUUUUAUCCUGGUGAUGAUCCUUUCUGGGAGGCCCUUGACCAGUGGUACUGGGAGACGGGCGACUACGAAUGGUACGACCCUUCGGCCAUCACGACGCGCAAUGGCAGUCUGGUGAUCACGAUGAGCGAGAAGAUCAACCACAACAAUUACUUCCGCUCGGGCGUCAUGAGCUCGUGGAAUAAGUUCUGCUUCACUGGCGGCUUGGUAGAGGCGAGGGUCGUCAUGCCUGGAAGUCCGACAGUUCCUGGCUUCUGGCCGGCUAUCUGGAUGAUGGGCAACCUAGGCCGAGCAGGGUACGGCGCAACAACUCAUGGCAUGUGGCCAUAUACGUACGGCACAUGCGAUGUCGGUACCUUGCCCAACCAAACGUUCCCCAAGAGCAUGGGAGGAGGUCCCGAAUUGGCUUUGACCAGUGGCGCAAAGGGCAAGUCGCUUUCUUGGCUGCCUGGUCAGAGAUUGAGCGCUUGCACUUGCCCGGGCGAAGAUCACCCUGGGCCCAAGCUGAAGGACGGAACUUGGGGAGCGCGUUCUGCGCCUGAGCUUGAUAUCUUCGAAGGCGAUGCUGCUCCAGUUGGAGGUCACAUGUCCCUCUCCCUCCAAGCUGCCCCCUUCAGCACCUCCUACGAAGUCGCACAAGACCAUGCAGUAUGGUAUGACCCCGAUCGCGCUCGUCGCAAUCCGUACCACGGCGGGCACUACCAACAGUCCAUCUCGGGUGUAUGCGACACGGACCCUAAUAACUACGAGCGCACAGCCAACCAGUUUGAUGUUCACGCCGUCGAGUACCGACCGGGCCCCAAGGGGAGCUAUGUGGUGUGGAGCGUGAGCGGGAAGAAGGCGUGGAGCGCUGGCUCGAGGCUCGACGGCCGUUUUGCUGACGCUGCUCCUCGGCCAUGCCAACAGAUCCCCGCGGAGCCCAUGUACAUAAUCAUGAACUUUGGCAUGUCGUACAGCUUCUCCAAGCCCAAGUGGGACGAUUUGCAAUUCCCGGCCCACUUCAAAAUCGACUACAUCCGCGUCUAUCAGCCCGAGGGCGAGGAGAAUGUUGGAUGCGACCCCAAAGAGUAUCCAACUGCUCAGGACUACAUCCAGAGGCACUGGGAGGCUUACAGCAAUCCCAACCUGACGACAUGGACGGAGCCGAAGGGUCAUCGAGCCGGAUACGGCCAUGCAUUGUGA